ACAUUCCCAGUCUUCUCCGUGUCACCGCUGACUUUUCCGGUGUGGUCUUGACAGAGAUCUCUCUGCCGCCGAAAUCAGCCACCGCAGCACAGCCGCCGCCUCCGCGAUGGACCCUCUCUCCGCCCUACGCGACUUCACGAUCCGCGGCGAGCUCGACAAGAUAGUCCGGUUCGGCGACGAGUUCCGGUUCGGCUCCGAUUACGCCUUCCCCUGCACGGCGGAGACCGCCUACCGCUCCAAACAAGGGAACCUCUACACCCUCGAAACCCUCGUCUUCUACGUCAAGAACCACCAGCUAAAGCACACGGAGUACAUACAGAGCGCCCGCACGCAGCAGAUCCCGUCUGUCACCUUCAUUGACCGCAAGCCGCUGCUCGAGUACCUCCAGGGCAAGGUCGACACCACUGACGCCAUCGAGCUCUUCCCCUCCGCCCCCACCCCUGCCCCCGCCCCCGCCGCUGCCGAUGACGUCUCCAUGCCCGAGGCGGCCCCGACUGACUCUAGGGUUGUUGAUGAGCCCCCGGUCGUGGACUUCAUGUCGAUGAUCAGAGCGGUAGAGAGGCCGCUGAAGGACCGUGAAGCAUUACUGGAGUGUAGGAAUAGGGAUUUCUAUAGCGUUCUCAUUAAUUCUACGAAGCGCGAAGAGGAGAGGCAGAGACUGGAAUCGCAGCAGAGAAAAGACGGGUUGGUGGCGAAGAGUCGCCUAAUGGGCGCAGAAGAGAGGGGAGUAGGGUUCGGUGACGAGCUAGGUUACAAUGACUCUGGCCUGAAACCGAAAUUGAACUUAAAGGGUGGCAAUAUCGGUGAAGGAGUUCCUAUAAUUCUAGUCCCAAGUGCGUUUCAUACUUUGAUUACAAUAUACAAUGUAAAGGAGUUCUUGGAGGAUGGGGUCUUUAUUCCAACAGAUGUGAAGGCCAAGCAGAUGAACGGAACGAAGCCUGACUGCGUCACAGUGCAGAAGAAAUUUGGCAGGCAUCCGGUAUUGCCAGCUUAUGAAGUGAGGGAUAAGCCCUCUUCGUUGAAGCGAGAAGACUGGGAUCGUGUUGUAGCUGUUUUUGUACUGGGAAAAGAAUGGCAGUUCAAGGAUUGGCCUUUUAAGGACCACGUCGAGAUUUUCAACAAGAUUAUUGGAUUUUUCAUGCGGUUUGAAGAUGACAGUGUGGAGUCUGCAAAAACUGUGAAGCAGUGGAAUGUAAAAAUUGUCUCGAUAAGCAAGAACAAGAGACAUCAGGACAGAGCUGCUGCUCUUGAGGUUUGGGACUGGCUUGAACAUUUUAUACAGUCAAGAUCACAUGUUUGAUGUGCCAUAAACCAUUGUAAGGAGAGCGAUUUGAACGGUCGACCUCAGAUCUUUCCUGAGUUUCUCUAGUCUUUUGCAAUGUGUAAAGUUUAGCUGGGUUAGAAAGAAGCACCUCAGAUUGUCUUGCUUGUAGGAAAAUGUUCAGUAAAAUUUUUUCGUUAUAAAUUAAAAUUGAGAAUUGCUGGUCUUGUUUAUUUUUUGCUAGCAUUUUUAACCUAGUUUGAAGUUUCAUCA